CGUGAAUCCUGGUUGUUAUAGAUGUUGGACAGAAUGACUGUGGGUCUACCAAAACAGAAAAAAUCACAGAGAGUAAUCGAGCGACACUUCCUUUCUAGGCGAGCGGUAGUAAAUGUGGUUGAGCUUGUGUGGAUUCUGUGCGUACUUGCGGAUCACGCCUGUUUUUGUCCUUUCACGGGACAUGAGUCCGACAUGCACUGCUCUUCCUUGGUUCACAGCUGUCCUUUAUCCUCUCCCCAAUUGAUGCACAUCCCUCAUGCCAAUCCACAUUCUGAUACGUUAUAAGUAGGAUCCUUUGUUGUAGCUGUAGAUUGCAUCUAAUUCUAAUUUCUAUUCUGGCGUUUGCGGUGGUAUCUCCAUAUGUGAAAAAUUGGUUGACUAGUUGAGUUUGAGUUUGGUUUUCGUGACUAGUAAAAGCUGUCAUAGAAUGACGUGUUUUCGAGUUCACAGAAUAAACAUAGUUCCAGUUUAUUUCGUCGGCUGUGCGCCAGUCAAUUUUUUUAUCUGAAAGUCUUCAAAAUCUUGGUUUAUUCCUUACGGAUUAUUUUUAGUGUCUUUUUUUCUUUCCCAUGAUCAUGGCAGCCACCGAGACUAUCUAAAAAGAUAGAAGAUGGAGUUGUUGCCCGUGACAUCUACAUCGGCCACUAGUGGGUCACUUGUUGCACAGGAGAGGUCGAAAUCGUCCUCAUCCGGCAGUGAGCACCAUGAGGGAAUGAAAAUGCGCAAGGCUUCCCGCGUGACACGAAAUCCACAUGCCUCUGAAAAAGCACCAGCGGACGAAGCUGAAUUGUCGCGGAGGUGUCGAAGUCGGAAUGAGAUGGUGUUCGAGCUCUGGAAAAACGCGGAAGGCGCGCCCGUCUCGGAUUACGCGAAGAGCGGGAUGUACGAAGUGCGUUUGCACCAGCAUUGCCAACGAGAACACCAAGGAGAUAAGAUAGGUGAUGGCGCACAGCAGCUGCAGGGAGGCAAAAAUGGAGCUGCACGAGGACCCGUACUACAACAGAAUGGAGGUGCUGGAGGAGAGGCGCCUUCUGCGUUUCCUCUCGCGGACAUACGAGUUUGGGGUCCGAGGCAGUUUCAACCUGGCUACAACGACGAAAAAGUUCGAUUGGAGUUUUUCUUUGAUGGAAGCUUUGACUAUUCCAACGAAGAGCUAGUGGAAGGGUUCACGCGCGGCCUAAGACAGUGUUUGGAGGAGGCGAUCGCAGUCGGGAUCAAGGAAACACAAAGGGAGUAUAUGGAGGAACACGUCAACGGGAAAAUGAGUAUUGGGAACAACAACAACAACAACAAUCACAGCAGUUCAGGAGCUUUCGAGGAUCAAUUUGACCAUAAUAAAUCGGACGACGCGCUUUCCUCUACGAAUAAAACAAGCAAAUCCGGUGGAGGGUCAACGGGCUCGAGCUUUGCCGGAUUCUCAUCAACUGAGUCACUUCUUGGAGAGGGGUCUUCGACUCCACCCUUGAAUCUUGAGGUGGAGCACUAUCGGGAAGCGGGCUGCAUGAUCCAAUUUGUCGUAGCGCGUUGCUCAGUGGGCGUCGGAGCAGCGGAGCUGAUAGCUAAGGCUAAUCAUAAUGAUCCAUCACUUGCUGUAUGUUUCUCUUGUUGUUGAUUCUGAAGUGAGAACCUAGGUGAGAUGCACACAUGACAUGACCUAGGUAAAAGGAAACUAACAACAGUAGCAGGAUGGAUCAAGAUUGCGUCUAGUAGCUCUAAUCUAUGCCAACAAGUGUUCCCAGAGUAUUUCCGAUCCAAGUGCAGGGCCUUCCAAGUGAACGAGACCGCUCCAAUGCCUCUCUGGAUGUAUCCACUAUACGUCCUGGUUUUCCUUUUCGUGCUUCUCUUACUGAUGGCGUGGAGACAGGCUUUUGUGUAGUUCAUUGAGCAGUUGAUCUCCCAUUCUUGUUGUCUUGUCAACGACUGACGCGCAUCAUGUUGUAGUAGCAUCAGAUCUUUUAUUGAGAUUAGAAUGCCGGAUUGCAAUGUUGUACCUCACGUGUGCAAGGAAGUCUGAUGGCCGCCAGGCAUCCUCCUGUCGAAUAAU